AUGUUGUGACCUGACGUCACCGGGGCGAGUUACCUCCCGGAGCCGCCGCUGCCGGGCUCAGCGCGAGCCCCAGAGCCCGUGAACGCGAGGCGAGGAGCCCCCGGAGCCCCCGAACCGCAGCCACAUCCCCGCGCCGCGCUCCCCGGAGCCAGGGCCUGGGCGUCCCGCCGGGCCCGCGCGAUGCCCUCGGACCGGCCUUUCAAGCAGCGGCGGAGCUUCGCCGACCGCUGUAAAGAGGUGCAGCAGAUCCGCGACCAGCACCCCAGCAAGAUCCCGGUGAUCAUCGAGCGCUACAAGGGUGAGAAGCAGCUGCCCGUCCUGGAUAAGACCAAGUUCCUGGUCCCAGACCAUGUCAAUAUGAGCGAGCUGGUCAAGAUCAUCCGGCGCCGCCUGCAGUUGAACCCCACGCAGGCCUUCUUCCUGCUGGUGAACCAGCACAGCAUGGUGAGCGUGUCCACACCCAUCGCAGACAUCUACGAGCAGGAGAAGGACGACGACGGUUUCCUCUACAUGGUCUACGCCUCCCAGGAAACCUUCGGCUUCUGAGCCAGCAGUAGGGGGCGGGCGGGGUGGGGUUGGCCUGGGAGUCAGGGGCCCACUCAGGCUCUGCCCAGGGAACUCCUGUCUCCUGAACUGAGUUGCCUCUGUCCCUGGUGUGCUGGGCAGGGAUGUGGGAUGUGGCCCCCUAGCCAGGGAACACAACCAUGCCUACUCUGCCCCAGGGUGGAUCCUGGGCCAGUCACCUUAGGGUUGCCCCUCUGGGUGCUGGCUGGGAUGGGUAAGGGUGGGGAGCGGCGCCCCUACACCCCUGCUCUAUGCGGUUUGUCUUUUUAGGCCCCUGCCUGUCUGCCCAUCUGCCCCUCACUCACCUGAGGCACUGCCCCCUGCCUGGACCUGCUCACCCCUGAAGGACUGGUCCCUGGCUCCCCUGGUCUUGAUAUGGUGUAUGGAUCCUGUGGUCAUUGUCCCUCUGCAGAAUUAAAGAUUGCUCAGGCCUGCCUGGC